GUCUCAGCCGCCUAAGUGCUCACCACUCUAGGCGUGAUUAUCUCAGCAUAGGCUGGACGUCUCCGUCCACCCACAGCCAUGGACGCUGCUCUGCUCCUGAACGUGGAAGGGGUCAAGAAGACCAUUCUUCACGGGGGCAGGGGGCAGAUCCCAAACUUCAUCACUGGAUCCCGAGUGACCUUCCAUUUCCGCACCAUGAAAUGUGACGAGGAGAGGACAGUGAUAGAUGACAGCAAGCAGGUGGGCCACCCCAUGCACAUUGUCAUUGGGAACAUGUUCAAGCUCGAGGUCUGGGAGAUCCUGCUGACUUCCAUGCGGCUGGGCGAGGUGGCUGAGUUCUGGUGUGACGCCAUCCACACAGGGGUCUAUCCGAUCCUGUCCCGGAGCCUGAGGCAGAUGGCAGAGGGCAAGGACCCCACGGAGUGGCACGUGCACACGUGUGGGCUGGCCAACAUGUUCGCUUACCACACACUGGGCUACGAGGACCUGGACGAGCUGCAGAAGGAGCCACAGCCUCUGAUCUUUGUGAUUGAGCUGCUGCAGGUUGAGGCCCCCAGUGAGUACCAGAGGGAGACCUGGAACAUGAACAAUGACGAGAAGAUGAAGGCGGUGCCCAUCCUCCACGGGGAAGGGAACCGGCUCUUUAAGCUGGGCCGCUAUGAGGAGGCCUCCACCAAGUACCAGGAAGCCAUAGUGUGCCUGAGGAACCUGCAGACCAAGGAGAAGCCCUGGGAAGUGCAGUGGCUGAAGCUGGAAAAGAUGAUCAACACCCUGAUUCUCAACUACUGCCAGUGCCUGCUGAAGAAGGAGGAGUACUACGAGGUGCUGGAGCACACCAGCGACAUCCUGCGGCACCACCCAGGCAUCGUGAAGGCCUACUACGUGCGCGCGCGCGCUCACGCCGAGGUGUGGAACGAGGCCGAGGCCAAGGCGGACCUGAAAAAAGUGCUGGAGCUGGACCCCGCCAUGCAGAAGGCGGUGUGCAGGGAGCUGAGGCUGCUGGAGCUCCGCAUGGCGGACAAGCAGGAGGAAGAGCGGCUGCGCUGCCGGAACAUGCUGAGCCAGCGCACAGGUGGAGGCCGGGAGGCAGCCCAGCGGCCAGAGGAGCAGGCCCCGGAGACCCCUGAGCCACCCCUGUCCGCGGAACAGCCCCCUGAGCCGCCCCUGUCCCUGGAACAUCCUCCUGAGCCCCCCGGGCCGCCCCUGUCCGCAGAACACCCCCCUGAGCCCCCUGAGCCGCCCCUGUCCGCAGAGCCCCGGCACUGAUUUCUCCGCGGCUGGCACCCAGGUAGGGUGUAUACCUCCUGGUCAUUUCUGGUUCAGUUGACCAGGAGUUUGGUGUCACUUUUAAAAUUUAAAAUUACGUUUUAGAAUCAAAGUCAUGCAUGCCCAUGGUUAAAAAAGAAUCACAAGAGCACAGAAGGGCUUAUGAAUAAAAGUGAAGUUUCCUCCCCUCCUCCUCCCAUUCCUUAGCCCUGAACUAUUUUAAUUGCCCAUUUUUAAAAAAUUCUGAUAGUUUUCCCUAUCCCACUUGAUAUGUUUAAAUCAUAGUUCAUCCGUGUUUCCUUUUUACCCCAUGUCAAUGAAAAAUGAGGAUUGGACGCUGUGACCCUGUUUCUCCCCUGCCAUCUCCCGUUCUCCCCAUUUUGGGUGAUUUUAUUUAAGGGUGAUCUUUUGGUUAUUUUUCUAACUUUAUGUACUACACCUAGAACUCUCUAGAAGCCAAAUGACUUUAGUGGAACUGGUUACUCCCUUCUGUGUAGGAUGAGGGUGGCAGAGCUGGGACCCUCCCUCUUC